UUAUUCACUAUAAUCCUAAUCUUCUUCAGUUUAAAAAAAAAAAGAUCUAACCUUUUUCAUGUUUUCCUCAUCAGAAUGGCAUCCUCUCCGUAUAGCCGCCCCAGUCCCAUCAGGGUCAAGUGUGUGCUUAACCACAAAAACACAAAAACCCUCAAUUUUAUGCAAGUAAAUGGGGAAAUUAGGCCGGGCACUCAAGUAAUCACUUACCUUAGUGCACUGUCCACUGGUGGUCAGGUGUAUGUCACGCAGUCCUCUUCAGACAGGGCUGCCUUUGAAGAGGGCGUGACAUACUAUAUAAAAAACUACACCGUGUCCUCAAGAUAUGGACAGGAACGUCUGUUCAUGGGUCCGAACACAACGACCUACAAAACCGCUCCCCUCACACUGACCUUUGAUGCAGAGAAGAUGGCCAAAGACGCCCUGGUUCCACCAUCUGUCUCAGUGACUGGGGAGGAGCAGGACCUCUUUUCAAGAGGGGGCUACUUAAUUCUGGAAGGAACUGUGGAACAUAUGCAGGUUCCAAGGAUGACGACUGUGAGGGACAGAGAAGUCCUCAUCUUGGACGUGGGGAUCAAAAGCGGCUCCAGAAUCCUUGAGGUGUCCUUAUGGCGGGACCAGGCCUUGUCCAAAUUCAAAAUUAAUGAUAAGGUGAACAUAUGUCACCUUCGAGCAAGCGCCAAGGCCACCAAGUUAAAUUCAACCCUGCACACUACUGUGGAGGUUUUGGAGCAAGGACCAGUGGUGGAGGACAUCGUGGUCAUUGGCUUGUCUGAAGCCAAUGGUGAGGUCUCCUUGCUCGCUGAGGACUUCAGCGAAUACACGGCACCUCCUGAGCUGCUUGAAGGGAGUGUAGAAGAGCUCCUGUGCCAGCUUCCACUUCAUUUAGAAGAGCCACAGAAAACAACCAAAGUCUGA